AUUUGUUUGGUGUUUGGGGGUGUUUGGAAUUUUUUGGGGGUUUGGGGGUGUCAGGAGAGAGUCAGGGACAUUUCCCGAACUGAACUCAUCGAUUUUUCUUGGAAGCUUCAGGCAAUGGUGGGGAUUUUUGGGGCUGUCUGGAGAAACUUUUCAUCUGGGGAUCUCCAAUGGCAUCAAACUUUUUUUUGGGAUAAAAAAAUUUCCCUUUUGGGAGCUAAAUACGUAUGGUAGUGUCGAAUAACCAAUAGGUUGAUCAUCUCAGGACACGCUUGCAGUGUUCAGCAUGAGAUUUUUCAAUCUUGAUAAUUCUCAACUUUUAAUUCUCAGCUUUUUUAUGAUUAAACGAGACUUGUUCGAGAACAUGUUUUUUUUUACAGGAAAAGGAGGAAUAUUAAUUUUUUACAGACGUUAAACGACUCCAAUGAAUCAAUUAAUCGAGAACUCAAUCUAUUUUUUCUUCUCUCAGUUACAAAACACGUUUGAAAACCAGUUUUUUUUCUCUUAUUGUAAAACUCAAGUGAAUUAAAUUGAACUUAUCUAAAAAUCAAGAAAGUUUUUUCUCCAAUCCCCCCAGAAUCACCGAAAAAUCCACUGAAAAAUGAAUCUUCUGGAAAAAUGCCCUGGUCUCUACUGUGGCCGCGAGCUCCUGGAGGAUGGCAACUGGACGGAGUGCGGGGCAUGUCCCAGGGGUUUCAGGACCAACGAGUCCUCCAUCUGCGUCCCCUGUGAGGACGCCCCCAUGUUCUACGACUGGCUUUACCUGGGAUUCAUGGCUCUUUUAGCUCUGGUCCUCCACUGGUUCUGCAUCGACAUGGUCGCCAUGAGGAGGAACAUCCCCAAGGAGGUCAUCGCCCUGCACGUGUCUGCACUGGUGGAGAUCGUGGGGGCCUCCUUGAUCACUCUCCAAGUGACUGAGCCCAUCGGGUCCUUCGGGAUCCAAUCCUGCAGGAUUAAACGGCUGUCUGAUUGGUACACCUUGCUCCAUAAUCCUAGCCCGAAUUAUGAGAGCUCUUUGCAUUGCACUCAGGAAGCUGUUUACCCAUUAUAUACAAUGGUUUUCGUAUUUUAUUCGUUGGGAGUUUUGCUGAUGCUCCUGGUGAGGCCUCCAAUAGCUAAAAAAUUCCUCCCCAAGCAGGGGAAAUUUUCAAUCUACGCUGCAUUGUACUUCUUCCCCAUAUUGGCACUACUUCAUGCAGUUGGGGGUGGAUUAAUUUAUUAUUCGUUUCCAUACAUCACCAUCAUUCUCUCAGUCUUAUCGAAUGCAGCCCACUUUGCGUUUAAAUUAAACCAGACGAUGAAAUCGCUGUUACUCAGCUCCGUCUCGGAUAUCAAGAAUGUGGUCGUUAUCCUUGGACACUGGCUCCUUCAUGGAUACGGAGUUAUCGCUGUUGCAACACUGAGGGGUGUUAAUAUCCACCCUGCCAUGCUCAUAUUGGUACCUUUACCAGCGUUAUUCUAUAUACUUACUGCCAGAUUCACGGAUCCACAUAAACUCCAUAUAGAGUAAUUUUUUCCAUUUCUUUUCUGUAAUUUAUUGUAAAUAUGAAGAGGGGAGAGACUUUAGAGAAUAAAAAUUGUUAUAAAAUUA